CCAGGCUCCGAGCGGGAAGCUUGAGCUUUCCCCACGCUCUGAGGGAGGCGGCGGCGGCGGCGGCGGCGGCGGGGGUUUGGUUGGAGACGGAGAGAGAAUGUUCAAAAAUGGCAUAGAAAUGACUCCAUCAAAAUCUGUAAAAAGUAAAAAGCGAAUUGAAGUAAACAUCACUGUCAACCAAAACACUGAAAAUGAGAGAAAGUGCAAGCUUAAAAGAGAAAAAAAGAAAACUAAGAAGUCUGAAGUGGAAAAGAUUCCACUUGAAGCAAAUGACGUUGAAGUCUGCAGGAAACUAAAAAAAAUGAAGAAAAAGAAAAUAUCCAGAAGGUCAAGUAUCAGUGAUGAGGAACAAGGUGCUAAGAUUGAGAGAAAAAUAGCAAAAGGUCAUCCACAAGAGAGUGAAAUUGAUGAGGACUCAUAUCAUUUAAAAAAUAAAAAGAAAAGGAAAAAAAGCUUCAAAAUAAAUGAACAUUCUGGCCCUCAAAGUACGCCUGAGAAAGGAAAAAGAAAUAUCAGUGAGGAUGACCCAAGCAGAGUUCAAGUUAAAAGUGAGCAUAACAAUAAGAAAAAGAAAAAAAUCAAUUUUGAAAAUUCUGAUGUGGAAGAGGGAUUCACUAAAAGUAGGAAGACGUCAAAUGGUACAGCUGACAAAUUGGGCAACAUAACAGAAGUGUCUUGUGUCGUUAGAGCCAAAAGUGUGAAGAGAAAGAAGAAAAAGAAACAUUUUCAUUCUGAGGAUUUUGACAUGUCUGGAAAUGAAAAAUCAAUGAAGAAAUGGCAGAGAGACAUUAAUAUCAGUGAGCUUGAAGCUGGGAAUGACAAAUCCAAUCAAGCAGACACAAAGAAACAAAAGGAUGAACAAAUUCUGGAUACCCUAGAGAAAAAAUGCAUGAAAAAGAAAAAGAAACACAAGCUACAUACUGUGGAACGAGAAGAAGUACACAAAGGAGAAAUGGUUAAAAAGAGGCAAGGAGUGGAGCAAAUAGAAAAUAACGUGGAAUAUGUUUCGAAAUCGCACAGAAAAAGAAAAAGAUCCGCUGAAACUGAAGGAGAAGGAAUUGAGACAAACCUGGACAAAACUAACAACAUUUGUAAAUUCCAGGACUCCCCAGAGACUGCAGAAGGGAAAAAAGUGGAAACACCAUUUGAUGUUCUUGAAGAAUCUGUGAAAAUUAAAAUGAAAAUUAAAAGGACGAAGAAAGAGGCCUCAUCUGUGAUGCAGAUAAAAGAGGAAUUAUGCAACAGUGACGAUUUACAAUUUAUGUCUGAAAGAAAAGGAAAUUUGUUUGAAGUGACGAUAGACAAGGAUUUGGGUGUCACUCGCUAGACCAUCAUUUAUUGCCCACACCUAGUUA